AUGGCCCACAAGAACCAGCCGCAGAAUCGACGGCACUCCCAGCUCUAUGAUCCCUCCGAAGUGGUGGACAAGGGCGCGUUGCAAGCCGAAUCUGUGCUCCUGGAAGACACAGAGUUGAAACGCGCUUUCAAGGAUGUCACGCGCGAUGGGCGCAGGGGCGUGGGUGGCCUCUACACCCCGGCGGGAGGUGUCAUGGAUGACAGGCCCAAAGAGGCUGGCAGUCAGGACGAGCGAAUGACAAAAGUGGCGAAGCAGUACAAGGCGCAGAAGAAGCAUCAGAAGAGCAAAGCAAGUAGGCUGCAGAAGACCGAGAUCGAAAUGGAGGACGAGAGGGUUCGAAAGAAGGCGGCGAAGAUCUUGGACAACGCCAGUGAGGUGGAGAAGCUGCAGUUUCAGGAGCUCUUCAACUACUUCGAUGCGGACAAGGAUACUAGCUGGGGCUCUAUCGAGCUGGCUCAGCGCAUGUCAGAUGUUGGCUACGCCACCAGCGUGGAGGCAGCAUCAAACCUGCUCUACUUCGCGGGGGUACGAGACGUGGACAGGAUCACCUACGAAGACUUCGUCAACAUGAUGCCUAAGCUACAGGCCUUCCGAAAACUCUUGGAGAAGGACUUCAUGCGCCUUUUCCAGGAGAAGGACGACGGCACAGGCCACAUCACCACGAAGCAGCUCCGUGAGGUCUUGCUGGUCCUGUCGGGACCGGAUGGCAUGGAGGAGGACCAGAUGGCUGACAUCAUGAAGAAGGCCGAUCCGACCCGUGAAGGGCGCGUGAACUUCAAUGACAUGAUUCUGUCCCUCUUCGGCUCGAAGCCUCUGCUGAGCUACGAGCCGCCGAAGCGCUCAGGAGACGGGGGUCUCUUGGACUCCUUGAUGAGGGCUUUUGGCCACCUCUGCGGUGUGGCGCCAGCAAAGCCUCCCCCGCAGUACGUGGGCGACGUAGCGCCGCCGCUCCCUGACGCAAAGGGCUAG